UCGGGCAAUAUUUUUUGUCUUUGAUAUGGAGUAGUUUUGGUGUAGAAGUGACGAUUCGUUACGCGAGGCCGUGGGUGGCGGCCGCCGCGUUAUAAUAUACUAUGACUACGCUUCGAAAGAGGCAGUCAAAGGACAUUUGUCUCUUUUGUAAGGUCACAAGCCUUAAGAACCAAGGGAACUGUGCUGUUUUCAGGGUGCCAUUUUUGGUUUACCUGUUAAAUGUGACAAACAAGGCACAGGAGUGGCAAAGUUGAGAUGUACUCAUCACUACUGGAGUUUGCACCAGAUCUUCCUUCCUCUGCCAUUUCUGUAUUUGAAGACCCAGAUGAGCUGACCAUGGUGGGUGAUAGUGUGCAGAAAAUGUUUAUUCAGGCCACAUACCAGUAUAUCAGCCUAGUGAUGGGAGAAGAUGCCCACCAAGAUGAAGUGAUGGCAAGGGCUCUUAGUGAUCGCUGUUGGGAGGAAUUUAAUACGAGCUAUUGGGCCUGGGUUCCUGAUGUCUGGAGGAAGCUUUAUUCAUAUGCUGCUCUGUACUGCUCAGCUGCACAUUUAAACCAGUACCUGAAAUCACACCAGAUUGAUGUACAGGCAUUGAGGGAUGCCCUCCUCUGCUGUGAUAUGGGUUUGAUCAUGGGAAAGCCAGUGCUUGAUGGCUUGCUGACCAGACUGGCAACUCGCUGUCACGAAACAUUGACUCAUCACUACGAGGACACGGAACGAGAGGAGCAACACAGGGGUGACCCUGUUCAGGGCUCACAUGUGGUGGGUCCUGCAAAUGAUCCAUUCCACAUCAGUGAUGGGACGCUCGGCGAGGCACACCUCCGCACGCCGAGCGACGCACCGCCCAUCACCACCCCUCUGGCGCGUCUGCGCUGCCCGUCGCUGGAGACGUUCUCGCGCGAGAUGCUAGGCCGCCGGGCGGCAGUGCUGACCGAGUGCGUUGGCCACUGGCGCGCGCUGCGCUGGACGCUGGCCGGCCUAGAGCGCAUCGCCGGCCACCGAACCGUGCCGGUGGAGCUAGGCGCCCGCUACACGGACGCCGGCUGGUCGCAGCGGCUCAUGACGCUCGGUCAGUUCGUGGCCGAGCACGUGCGCCGCCCAGCGGCCGGCCGGCCCGGCUACCUGGCCCAGUAUGAGCUAUUUGACCAGAUCCCGGAGCUCGCCGCCGACAUCGCCGCGCCUGAGUAUUGUUGGCUGGGCGAACGGCAGUCGGUGCACACCAACGUGUGGCUGGGGCCGGCUGGCACCGUCUCGCCGCUGCACCACGACCCCAAGCACAACUGUCUGGUGCAGGUGUUCGGCUGCAAAUACGUGCAGGUGUUCGCGCCGGAGGAGGCGGCGCGCCUGUACCCGCACGAGGGCGCACUGCUGCACAACACGAGCCGCGUCGACGCCGAGCGACCGGACCUGGUGCGCUUCCCGCUGUUCGCCGAGGCGCGCGGCUGGCAGACGGUGCUUGGCCCCGGGGAGGUGCUCUACAUGCCGCCCGGCUGGUGGCACUACGUCCGCAGUCUCAGUGUCAGCUGCUCCGUCAGCUUCUGGUUCGAGUGAUGCGACCGUCGCCGCCCGCGCGCUCUGAUGUGUCGAGUGUUUGCAAAUGAUGGUUAUUUUAACAGUGGUGGGAGGCCGUUCAUCACUUUAAUUUAGCUGAAAUGCUUUAUGCUACCUGCAUGGUCACCUCGCUGCGCUUCACUACGCCAAAUAAAACGUGUUGGCGAAGA